AUGGAGAAGACUCAGGAGAAGACUGAGCAGCCUGCGGCUCGGACUGAAGCUCCCGCAGCAGUUGUGAGCGAGAAGGUCGAGAAGCCAGUCGAGAAGCCGGUUGAGGAGAAAGAAGCUGAACAAGCUCCGUCGAAGCCCACCGAAGUCAGCAAAGAAGCUGACCCUGUCGAGAAGACCAAGACCGAUGCUGGAGCUACCGCUCAGGUCAAGGCUGAGGAGCCUGCGCCAGCCGACAACUGUCCAGAGUACCUGGCCCAGCAUGCCGGACUCGCCCAGUUCUUCGACCGUUUGCCUGCCAUCCUCGAAGCCACCGGCCACAAAGAGAUGUGGGGAGUGCCAUUGAGAGAUUCAGAGGAUGUUCCUACCGUCAACAUCAUGAUCAAGUUCCUUCGUGCCAAUGAGGGAAACCUGAAGGCUGCCGAGGAGCAGCUCACCAAGGCACUCCAGUGGCGCAAGGAGAUGAAGCCCCUGGACAUUGUCGAGAAGAUGAAGUUCUCUGCUAAGAAGUUUAAGAACUUGGGCUUCAUCACCACGUACGGCGUGGACGAGGCCAAGUCUGUCUUUACAUGGAACAUCUAUGGUGCUGUUAAGAACAUUGACGAGACCUUUGGAGACUUGGACAGUUUUAUUAAAUGGCGCGUUGCCCUGAUGGAGUUUGCUAUCCGCGAAUUGGACCUAGACAGGGCAAAGACCGUUAUUCCUGCUGUUGGAGAGGACCCCUAUCAGAUGUUCCAGGUCCACGACUACCAGAACGUCAGCUUCCUCCGCAUGAGCCCAACUAUCCGCAAUGCCUCUCGUGAAACCAUCACUGUUUUCAGCAUGGCCUACCCAGAACUCCUCCGUGAGAAGUUCUUCGUCAACGUCCCGGUCGUCAUGGGAUGGGUCUUUUCUGCCCUCAAGGUCUUCCUGAGCAAGAACACCAUCCGCAAGUUCCACCCCAUCACCAACGGCUCUGCUCUGGCCCGUGAGUUUGGUGACGCUGGUGUUGAGUUCCCCAAGUCCUAUGGUGGAAAGAGCCCUGAGCUGGCUGAGAACGCCAUGACCGUCAGCCUCAUGGACGACGCCCCUCAGGAAAAGGAAGCUGAGCCCAAGACCGAAAAAAAGACCGAGGCCAAGACUGAAGCUAAGGUUGAAGAAGCAGAGGUCAAGAAUGAAGCUCCUGAGACGAAACCAGAGGAGACCAAGACUGAGACCCCAGCUGAACCUGAAAAGACUACCACUGAAGCUGCUGAUAAGCCAGCUGCUGAUACCAACGGAGCUCCCAAGGCCGCUGAGGCAUUGACCCCAGCUAAGUAA